AUGACAACAGGUCAGCUAACGGCAGACAUUUGGAAGAGCCAGAUCUUUGUGGUAAAUUUAGCGGACGGCCAAGAUCCAGUGAAAAUAUCAGCUCGAUGGAAUAUUUCUGCACCUUCAGAUACAGAGAGUCGGGUCUAUUAUCACAGCGUCAAUCUGUUGCUUAGUCCGUCUCUCACUAAAGUUACUGGUGAAGCGCUAGGUACUUCUGGAACGCCUCUAGAAAGCAUUGUACGUCACGUUUGGCGGUUUCACCAAUCUCCUAUCGACGGGAAAGAGUCUCUAGUCAAGGUGAUUCUGCCUCCCCGGCAGGGAUAUGUAUCCAGGAGCGACAUUAUCCACCUUCGAAUGCAGCACUCUAAGUACGUCGACGGCGUUAUAUCACUUUCUAGCUGGGACCGUCUUCUUCCUGUUCCAGCCGUCAACUCAGAGAGCUCCUUACUCACGCUUCUGGCCUCUUCCGCUGGUGCUGUCUUUGCUAAGCAGUCGCAGCUAUCCACAUCUGAAGUUAUGCAGCUGCUGGAGGACGACAUGGGAAUGCGCCUGUCUUUCGACUGGAUUCUGCCAACAAGAUCUCGCCGUUAUCGUGUCGCCUUAAUAGGCGGUCGUCCAAUGCCCGACCCAAAAAGCGGGCAGCACGGUUCCUCGGGUUUCUUCAUGGCCUCUCAGUCCCUCGGUAUAUCCAUAGUGGUAUACGACGAGUCGGGCCAUUGGCUUGAAGGGGAAGAGUAUGCACAUAUGCGUGAAGACUUUGUAGCCAUAGAUAUGAAGAACUUGGAGGAUCUGCCACACAAGCUGGCUCAGUCUGUCGCAAACAGAAAAAAUAAGAUAGACGGCAUCGUUACCUUUACCGACGAGUAUGUUGUGGCCACGGCACAGGCUGCUGAGCUGCUGGGCCUUCCAACUGAACCAGCGCAAUACAUGAUGCGCGCGCACCAUAAGUCUAAGAUGCGUGAGGUUGUUCACGAAGACUACAUCCAAGCUGUCACACUUGAAAGAGCAGAUCAGCUUGUCGAUCCUGCUUUUGCAGAAACAUUCCAAUCCCUACAGUACCCGCUAAUUGUCAAACCGUGUCAGGGCAGGAGAUCUAAAGGGGUCAAAAAAGUAACCGACGAUGUCAGUUUACACGCCGCGGUGCGCAUGCUGAGUGAAGGGGACUUGGUAGAGCAUGGCAUCUUAAUAGAAACCUACGUUGACGGGCCCGAGUUUGACGCCAACUUUGUCCUGUGGGAGGGCCAAAUACUCUUCCUCGAGGUGACGGACAAUUUUCCCUGUCUCGCCGACGCCAGCGACGCCACACUUGCCGACAACUUUGCAGAGACAGUGCAGAUCUCCAACACGGGGCUGCCUCUUGAUGAGAUUGACGUUAUACGGUCAUCUGUACCGCGCAGUCUCGCUAAGCUUGGUUUUUCGUCCGGCGUCUUCCACUGCGAGGGACGCAUGAUAAGAUCGACCAUGCACUAUCGCAACGCCGACAGUCACAACGGGCUGGACCUGAUCCCCCACGACGCACCAGAAGUGGUUUGCUCAAAGUCUAAACCAGACGUGUUUCUCAUCGAAGUCAACGUUCGUCCGCCUGGCACCGGUGGCACGUGGGCUACACUUUACACGUACGGUGUAGACCUGGGCGCCCUACAGUUCCUGCGUGCUAUCAACGACCAGAAGCGGUUCCAAGCUCUAUCAGCCCCCUUUGAAUAUUCACAGCCUAGUCCUGGCGGUGGGGGUGGUGCCCAGUGGUGGACGGCGCAUUGCAUGAUUCCUAUUCCAACACACCGUGCCCAGGUUCGCGUGCCAGAAAACUUCUUCGACAAGCUGUUUGUGGCGCUGCCUGAUGUGCGAUCAUACGUCACCAGGGCCGAGAUGUAUUCGGAGCCGGGAUCUAUAGUGUCGACCACAGCGGGAAUCGGUUGGAUAGGGUAUGUUUUGUUGGGGACGAGGCAGAGCAGGGCUCAUGCGUUGGCCAUGUACCGCCAAAUUGCUGAGACGAGCAAGAAGAUACUGGACGAUCAUACUUAUGACCCUGGUUAUAAAUCCUGA